AUUUUAUCCUACAACAAAAUGCAUCAUAAUUCACAACGUCAAAUUCAUGCAAAGGUGGAUCAGAGUGUGAGAGAGAAGACGAACAUCUUUCUAGAAAUAGACAACGCUAGUUUCCAUUGAAAUUGUCAGGUGGAAUAAAAAGCUAGAAAAAGAAACAAGGUUUUCCCCGAAAAGGGAAUAGAAAUGCAUGAAUCUUCAAUGUUUGUUUGAUUCUUCCGAUUUAAUCCUCCUCGUCACUUUCAGAUCUUUUCUUAGAUCUUUAAUUCUUGUUCUCCUUGUCUUCUUUCGCGACAACAAACCUCUCCCUUUUCUCUUUUCCAAACACUUUCUCCCUCUUUGAUUCUUGAAUAAGACCUUCAAAUUCUGUUCAACCAAUUGGGGGGGCAUAAAAAGAUCAUGUUUUGAGCCUCGCCAUCAAUCACGCUCUUCAAAUUCAAUUCUGGGCCGGUUUCAAUUUCUUCAAAAGCCGCGAAAAGUGCAGAUUCACUUCGUCGCAGUGUUGUUUGUAUCUGGGUACUUGUGGUGAUGAGGUGGCAAUGAGGUGUGUGGCAGAGGAAUGGAGGGUAUUCAGGUGAGGUGCGAUAAGCUUCAGGGUGGUGUGAUUCAGAGGAGCCGUUUGCGGGUUUGGUUCAUUCGAGUGUGUUCAAGCAUUGUGCUGUGGACAUGUCUGGUUCAGUUGGUGACAGUGAGUGAAUUAUGGCAUUCUCAUUUCUUUUUGGGGAUCAGUAGUCGAAUAUAUCACACAAAUCAAAGUCCUCUUGAAGCGCAAAAUGAACUUGCUCAACCGCCCCCACCUUUUCUUCCCGCAAGAAAUUAUACAAGUAAUGGUUUUCUAAGAGUGUCCUGCAAUGGGGGUUUAAAUCAAAUGCGUGCAGCGAUUUGUGACAUGGUGACAGUUGCUCGACUGUUGAAUCUCACAUUGGUUGUUCCAGAGCUUGAUAAGAAGUCAUUUUGGGCAGACCCUAGUAAUUUUGAGGACAUUUUUGAUGUGAGACAUUUCAUUGAUUCUCUACAAGAUGAAGUUCGAAUAGUAAAAAGAGUGCCCAAAAGGUUUAGUAGGAAAAGUGGAUACUCUACCCUGAAGAUGCCUCCUGUUAGCUGGUCAAAUGAAAAGUAUUACUUGGAGCAGAUUCUGCCACUUUUUGGCAAGCAUAAGGUGGUACAUUUCAACAAAACAGAUGCACGUCUAGCAAACAAUGGUCUCCCACUUGAUCUACAGAAACUUAGGUGUCGUGUAAAUUUCCAGGCAUUGAAAUUUACUCCUCAACUUGAGAAUUUGGGCCAAAAAUUGAUUCGGAUACUUCGUGAAAAUGGACCCUUUCUGGCAUUGCAUCUGAGAUAUGAGAUGGAUAUGCUGGCUUUCUCAGGUUGUACGCAUGGUUGCUCUAUUGAAGAAGCUGAGGAGCUCAAGCAGAUGAGGUAUGCAUUCCCUUCCUGGAGAGAGAAGGAGAUAGUUUCUGAAGAAAGGAGAUCACAGGGUCUCUGUCCUUUGACUCCAGAGGAGUCUGCCUUAAUUCUGCAAGCCUUGGGUUUUGACAGGGAGACACCAAUAUAUAUUGCAGCUGGUGAAAUUUAUGGUGGUGAACAUCGAUUAGCACAACUCAGAGCUGCAUUUCCAAGAAUUGUUAAGAAAGAGACAUUGCUGGUCAAUGAUGAGUUGCAGCAGUUUCAGAAUCAUUCAUCACAAAUGGCAGCUUUAGAUUUUAUGGUUUCAGUAGCCAGUAACACCUUUGUUCCUACGUAUUAUGGUAACAUGGCAAAACUUGUGGAAGGCCAUCGCAGGUAUUCUGGUUUUAAGAAAUCCAUCUUAUUGGAUCGGAAAAAGCUCGUAGAAUUGUUUGACAUGCAUCAAAAUGGAACCCUUCCAUGGAAUGAAUUUUCAAAUGCUGUUCGACAGGUUCAUGAAAAAAGAAUGGGACAGCCAACUCAUCGGAGAGUCGAUGUAGACAAGCCGAAGGAAGAGGAUUAUUUCUAUGCCAACCCUUAUGAGUGUCUGUGUGAGGGAACAAAGUGUGAUGACUUGCUAGGUCCUCUUAACUCUAGUCAAAUACGAUGAGUAAAAGCUGUCAAAUGUAAAAAGAAAUGUACACUUCUUCCCAUCCACAAGUUUAAAAGAGGAAUUUAUAAAUUGCUCCUUCCCACUUAAUUGUGUAAGUGCUGUACACACGAUGACCUUUAUAAGUAUGUACACGUGAAUGAGAACCAUGAAAAGAAAAACAAAAAAAGAGAGGAAAUAUCAGCUUCUAUCGAGGCAUGCAAAGAUGUAUCGUCAAUUUCACCCUUAAUUGAUUUAUUUAUGAGGUCA